UUCUGACCAAUAGUUAAUAGCGGUGGGCGGUCUCGGACGGGCAGGUUAAGCCUCUUAUACUCAAACCGUAAUGGCGGAAAAGAUCUCCGAGAGCAGCGGCACUGAUGAGGAUCUCAUCGAGGUGAGAGCGCCCCAGCCAAAGCGUCGUCGUGUCCUGGACUACACCAACCUGCGCACCGUACCAGUCUACUCCAGCAAGGUCAGCAGCAGCCUGCGGUUCAGCCCUAAAAUCCCCAGUGAGCUGGACUCGGAUGUGGAGGAAGAAUCUGAGCCCCCCUGGGAUCCCGGGGUCACAGACAAGCGGAGUAAAGGAAAGCCUGUGGAUGAUAAGCUGGUUAUGCUGGACGGGUCAGACUCCGAAGAGGAGCCUCCUAAACAAGAAUCCUGGGACAGGUCCCCUUCACCUCCACCCCCUACACCAGAGGUGCCCUUGAAAAGGAAUCGGAGAGUUGGCAGAGCCCUCAGGAAAAUCAGGAAAGUGGACAUGACACUGAACAAGCUGGGCACCACCGUAUCUGCAACUGCACGUAGAGGACGAAACAAUAAGUGUGACAGCGAUGAAGAUAAUGACGUCAUCUUGGUCACUUCGCCCACCCUGGAAAAUAAGGAGCUUGCCGGUCCCAGAGAGAUCACAUUGAAGAUUCACUGCCGAGGUGACCUUCAUAGGAUCCCCGUUCAGUCGACGGACCCCCUUCAUGUUGUCAUAGAGCAGCUUUCCGUCAAACUGGAGGUGCCGCCCUCCUGCAUCCUGCUGCUUAACAAAGAGGAGGAGCUUCCUGUGUCAUCGACGGUGUCCGCGCUGGGCCUGGGCAUUGCGGACAUUGUGGACUGCAUCAUUCUCGCGAGGAAUCCGCAGGAGUCAGACGGCAUUACUCUGCGAUUGCAGGGAAAGGACAAGGACUCUGUGCACCUGAUCUUGGUCAAGAAGGACGCACCGCUCGCCUUGCUGUUCCAUGAGUACCGACAGAAGGCUGGACUGCACCAGAGGAAAGCACUCAGCUUCCUGUUUGACGGGGAGAAGCUCACUGAGGAAAUGACGGCUGCACAGCUGGACAUGGAGGACGGUGAUGUGGUAGAGGUGUGGCAGUAGGCUGUGGGUCAUGUCAGUCCAUCCAGGUUAUUGGUACUAAUGGAGUGCUUCUCUUGCAUAGGAACUUCAUUACUUGUUCUUUACACUAGGUGGUGUAGUUUCAUUAUUUACUGUACAUAUUAAAUGUCACAAAUUUAAAAUAAAAAAAAAAAA